AUGCUGCAGUCUGAAUGGUGCGCUAAACAGGUUCACGCCCUUAACUCAACACGUGACGAAAGUACGGAGCCCUCCUCCGUGCGGAGCGGUGGCGGCAGCGGCGACGGUGGCGGUGGUGACAACAACAACAAUCCCCCUAUAAAUUGGAAUACCUCUGACGAGGAAGGUAUUCACUGGUGAAGACGACAAAAAUUCCGCUAUAAAUUGGAAUUCAUCUGACAAGGAGAGUAUCCACCGAAACCGCACCUCUCAGACAAGUCAUGCCAGGACAUCAAUAUGUUGAUCCUCGUCUCCGUGAGACACCGGGUCUCACCUUCCCCAUUCUUAAUGGACAGAAAUAUGUCUGCGAUGAGAGCCGCUGCGUACGGCUUCCGACAAAAUAUGAGAGUACGUUUGUGUGUCUACGCCACACUUUGCAUACUUUAUUCUGUAUUGAUAUCGUGAGGAUUGACAGAAGCAGUGAUAGGGGUGGGUAAAUUAGCUCCCUGCAUGAAUGUGCUUGUGUUGACAAAAUAAACUACCUGCGCAUGUUUUCUUUCCAUUUACAGUGUACAUGGCCAAGGAGAGAGCGGCCUCCAAGUCUGGACGCAUCCGACGAACAAAUUGGGAGGAGGAAGUGUAA